CUUCAGUGAGUGUUGAACCGCUGCCUCGAACGAAGGUUUCUCGCGCGUUCUUACGUUGAGUUUGGUUUAAAUAUAUAUAGGUAUAGAGAUAUCUAUAUAGAGAAGGAGAAGAAGAAAAAAUCUGGUGGUUUCUUGACGGUUGUUUUUUUUUGGGUGAUGGAGUGUGUGCCGAGUGUGUUCCACUUUGCUCAAUAAGUGAUCGCGAGUUAAUGAAUUCCUCACACUAUUGGAUAUAUCAAAGAACAUUUAACUGUUAAGCAACACAAAACACCAUGAGGUCGUUCUCGGCAGCCAUUGCAAUUUGGCUGACCGUUUUUAUUUCUUCAACACUGUCACAGGACAUAUUUUCAUGUACAAAUGGAUGGGAACUUAGAGGAUUGUACUGUUAUAAAUACUUCAAUAUAAAACAUUCAUGGGAGAAAGCAGCAGAGCUCUGUAGAAGAUAUGGAGCAGAACUAGUCGCUAUUGAAUCCUACACGGAGAACAAUGUUACACAAGCCAUAGCUACUAUUGGUGAGCUCAAUAGGAGAUCAUCGGACAAGUACUGGCUGGGUCUGGCAUCGCUGGAUGAUUUGCGAACGAAUACACUUGAAUCAGCGGCAGGAACACUGGUUUCUCAGUACUCUGGCUUCUGGUCACUCAAUCAACCCGAUCCACGAUCUGGGGAGUGCGUUGCUGUGUCCACAGCCAGCAUCAUGCAAUCCUGGGAGUUGAGUACGUGCGAGAGCCUCCUGCCGUUCAUGUGCCGCGCCCCAGCAUGUCCGCAGAACUCCAUUCACUGCGCCAACGGUGCGUGCGUCAAUCAGGCCUUCAAAUGCGAUGGCAAUGAUGACUGUGGCGAUGGCUCCGAUGAACUUGAUUGUCCAGCUUCAUGCCACUUCCACAUGCAAUCCGGUGGGGAUGUGAUUGAGUCACCAAACUUUCCCCACAAAUACGGGGCUCUGGCUAAAUGCAAAUGGACCCUCGAGGGCCCUCAGGGAAGCAAUAUUGUCCUGCAAUUCCAGGAAUUUGACACUGAGAAAACCUUUGACACAGUCCAGGUACUCGUUGGUGGCAGAACAGAGGAUAAAUCCGUCUCAUUGGCCACACUUUCGGGGAAAUUGGAUUUAACGAGUAAACCCUUUGUCACGGCGUCGAAUUUUAUGAUUGUUAAAUUCGUCACGGAUGGGAGUGUUGAGCGAAAGGGUUUCCGUGCCACAUGGAAGACGGAACCACAGGUGUGCAGUGGUACCCUCCAGGCAACGUCUCAGGGACAAAUCCUCACGAGUCCGGGCUAUCCUAAAGUCUACCCUGGUGGCCUUGAAUGCCUCUACAUCAUUCAAGCACAAGCUGGACGAAUAAUCUCUCUGGAAGUUCAAGAUCUCGAUCUCAAUCCCAUUCAGGAUUAUGUGCUGGUCAGAGAUGGCGAUAGCCCCAAGAGUCGUCCUAUUGCACGACUAACCGGGAGAGGGGCGGACAAUGUUAAGGUCAUCAUGAGCACGGGAAAUAAACUCUAUGUGUACUUCAAGACAAAUCUCGGAGAUUCCCGGAAGGGAUUCAGUUUGCGCUAUACCCAAGGAUGCAAAGCAACGAUCUUUGCACGCAAUGGAACAGUAGCCUCCCCGGCAUUUGGCCUCAGUGACUACCCAAGCAAUCAGGAGUGUUUGUUUAAGAUUAAAAAUCCCAAUGGGGGACCUCUUUCACUUCGCUUUGAUCGCUUCAACGUUCAUCCCACGGACUUUGUUCAGGUGUUCGAUGGUGCCUCAACAUCGGGGCUUCGUUUGCACUCUGGAAAUGGAUUUACCGGGACGACAAAGCCCAAAUUGACUCUUACCGCCUCCUCGGGGGAAUUGCUGCUGAAAUUCGUCACAGACGCCCUUCACAAUAGUCCCGGAUGGUCUGCUGUCUUCUCAGCUGAUUGCCCGGAACUUCGCCCAGGGCAGGGAGCUUUGGCAUCAUCGAGAGAUACAGCCUUUGGUACGGUGAUCUCCUUCACGUGCCCUGUGGGUCAAGAAUUUGCAACGGGAAAGAAUAAAUUGAGUACAAUGUGCAUGGAGGGAGGAACAUGGAGUAUUGAGUACAUCCCCAAAUGUCAGGAAGUCUACUGUGGUCCCGUUCCGCAGAUUGACAAUGGCUUCUCCAUUGGGUCAUCCAAUGUAACAUACCGAGGUAUUGCCAUGUAUCAGUGCUAUGCUGGCUUUGCCUUCCCAUCGGGGAGUCCACUUGAGAAGAUUUCCUGCCUUGCCGAUGGCCGGUGGGAGAGACAACCUGCCUGCUUGGCAUCCCAAUGCUCAGCUCUGCCGGAAGUUGCAAAUGCCAAUGUGACUUUGCUCAAUGGUGGCGGACGUAGCUAUGGGACAAUUGUUAAAUUCGAAUGUGCUCCUGGGUAUGAGAGAACCGGGGCACCAGUCCUCAUUUGCAUGUCCAACGGUACGUGGAGCAAUGAUGUGCCCAAAUGCACGAGGAAGCGCUGCUAUUCGUAUCCUGAUGUGAAGAAUGGCUUCAUCGUUGACAUGACCAGGCAGUACUUCUACGGAGAUGAGGCGCGUAUUCAGUGCUACAAAGGAUACAAGCUAAAUGGGAAUAAUAUCAUUAAAUGCGAUGAGAAUCAGGAAUUCAGCAAUCUGCCCACGUGUGAUGAUAUCAAUGAAUGCAGCUCCUCACAGUGCGAUCUCGCAUCGACCGAAUGCAUGAACACAGCUGGAUCAUUUUACUGUCAAUGCAAGAAGGGUUUUGCCCCAACAACUGAAUGUCGUCCUGUUGGGGACUUGGGCCUGGCCAAUGGAGGCAUUUCCGAUGACAGCAUCUCUGUGUCUUCAUCGGAGGAAGGUUACAGUAAGAGCCUUUUGCGACUCACUUCAAGUGGUUGGUGUGGAACAUCCACAGAACCAGGAAGUAGUUGGGUAACAAUUGACUUCAAAGCACCAACAAUCCUCCGGGGAUUCCGCACAAUGUCCGUACAGAGAUCUGAUGGAAUUAUUGCCUUCACAUCGGCCAUUCGUCUUCAGUACACUGAUGAUCUAACAGAUGUCUUCAAGGAUUACGCGAACCCCGAUGGAACAGCCGUUGAAUUCCGCAUUCUGGAACCAACGCUGUCCAUCCUGAAUCUCCCAAUUCCCAUUGAGGCUCGCUACGUGCGCUUCCGCAUCCAGGAUUACGUUAAUUCCCCGUGCAUGCGCCUGGAAGCAAUGGGAUGUACACGAUUGGAUUGUGUGGAUGUUAAUGAGUGCUCAAAGAAUAAUGGUGGAUGCGAUCAGAAGUGCGUCAAUUCACCAGGAAGCUACCAAUGUGCCUGCAAUUCGGGAUAUGAGCUCUACACGACCAAUGGAACAGCUGGAUACAACAUUGAGUUGUCCGAAACUGGUGAGCGUGACGGCGAUACGUUGCAGAAGAAUAAGACAUGCGUUCCAGUAAUGUGUCCAUCACUGGUGGCACCGGAAAAUGGAAAACUCCUCACAACAAAGGCACAACAUCACUUUGGUGAUUUGGUUUCAUUCCAAUGCAACUUUGGCUACGUAAUGUCCGGCAGUGCGUCCCUCCUUUGCCUCUCAAGUGGCCAGUGGAAUGCAACAGUCCCCGAAUGCAUGUAUGCCAAAUGUGUCUCCCUUCCGGAUGAUAAACAAUCCGGCCUGGCUGUUUUGCGCCCCGAUCAGGAGAGUGUUCUCGUGCAAUUCCGUGACAAUGUAACGCUAACGUGCAAUUCUCCGGGAAGGAAGUUGAGGGGAACAGCUAGUUCGGGCUUCCGGCAGUGUGUGUACGACCCGAAACCAGGAUUACCGGAUUAUUGGCUCUCAGGAACAACUCCUGCCUGCCCGAGGGUUGACUGUGGUAUGCCAAUGGCAACUCCCGGAGCGGAAUAUGGGCAAUUUGUUGAUACGAAGUAUCAAAGCUCAUUUUUCUUCGGAUGCCAGAACACCUUUAAGCUUGCGGGGCAAACUGCAAAGCACGACAAUGUUGUACGAUGCCAGGCUAAUGGGAUUUGGGACUUUGGGGAUCUUCGAUGUGAAGGUCCCGUUUGUGAGGAUCCCGGACGACCGAGUGAUGGUAUUCAGCUAGCACGAAGCUAUGAGCAGGGUUCAGAAGUUCUCUUUGGCUGCUCCCGCCCUGGGUAUAUUCUCAUUAAUCCCCGCCCAAUUACGUGCAUGCGUGAACCUGAGUGCAAAGUCAUUAAGCCCCUGGGAAUUUCUUCCGGAAAGAUUCCCGAUAGUGCCAUCAAUGCAACGUCUGAGAGGCCAAAUUACGAAGCAAGAAAUAUUCGUUUGAACUCCGUAACGGGGUGGUGUGGCAAACAGGAGGCAUUCACGUAUGUUAGUGUGGAUUUGGGGAAGGUUUAUCGUGUUAAAGCCAUCCUAGUUAAGGGUGUUGUGACUAAUGACAUCGUAGGACGUCCCACUGAGAUUCGUUUCUUCUACAAGCAAAGUGAAAAUGAAAACUACGUCGUUUACUUCCCGAAUUUCAAUCUAACAAUGAGAGAUCCUGGGAAUUAUGGGGAAUUAGCAAUGAUCACACUGCCAAAGUAUGUUCAGGCGCGUUUUGUAAUCCUUGGCAUUGUCAGCUACAUGGAUAAUGCUUGUUUGAAGUUCGAAUUGAUGGGAUGUGAAGAGCCCAAGGCGGAACCAUUGCUUGGCUAUGACUACGGGUACUCCCCAUGUGUUGAUAAUGAACCACCGGUCUUCCAGAAUUGCCCACAGCAACCGAUUGUGGUGAAACGCGAUGAGAAUGGCGGGGUGUUGCCGAUUAAUUUCACCGAACCAACGGCAAUUGAUAAUUCCGGAUCAAUUGCACGGCUCGAAGUGAAGCCACAGAGCUUCAAGACGCCCAUUCACAUUUUCCAGGAUACCGUUGUGAAGUACGUUGCCUUUGAUUACGAUGGGAAUGUGGCUAUUUGUGAGAUUAACAUCACAGUUCCGGAUGUGACGCCACCGCUGCUAACAUGCCCACAGAGCUAUGUGAUUGAAUUGGUGGAUAAGCAAGAUAACUACAUGGUGAAUUUCAAUGAAACACGCAAAAGGAUUAAGACAUCCGAUGAUUCAGGCGAUGUGCAUCUCACCUUCAUCCCUGAGCGCGCAACAAUCCCCAUUGGAGCCUUUGAGAAUGUCACCGUUGUGGCGAGAGAUAGAUUCAACAAUAAAGCUUCAUGCCACUUCCAGGUUUCCAUUCAAGCCACCCCAUGUGUUGAUUGGGAGCUCCAGCCACCCGUUAAUGGGGCUAUUAACUGCCUUCCUGGGGAUAAGGGUAUUGAAUGCAUAGCCACGUGUCGUCCUGGAUUCCGUUUCACUGACGGUGAACCCGUAAAGACGUUCUCUUGUGAACAUUCUCGCCUCUGGCGUCCAACAUCAGUCGUUCCGGAUUGUGUGUCGGAGAAUACGCAACAAGCUGACUACCACGUAGUCGCCACGAUGACGUACCGUGCCAAUGGCGUUGUAGCUCCAUCGUGUUUGCCACAGUAUCAAGAUCUAAUGGCUCAGUACUAUGGGAAUCUCAAUCAAGUCCUCUCGCAGCGUUGUUCAGCCGUCAAUGUUAACAUGAAUGUCUCCUUUGUGCGCUCCGUACCGACUCUCCUGGAGGAUAAUAUGCUCAAAAUUGACUACAUCCUGGUGAUCAUCCCAGCCGUGAGGCAACCACAGUUGUACGAUCUCUGUGGCUCUACGCUCAAUUUGAUCUUUGACCUGGGAGUGCCGUAUGCAAGUGCCAUCAUUGAACCCCUGCUGAAUGUCUCAAGUAUUGGGAAUCAGUGUCCACCCCUGCGUGGGUUGAAGAGCUCAAUCACACGUGGAUUCACCUGCAGUGUCGGUGAGGUUCUCAAUAUGGACACAAAUGAUGUACCACGAUGCCUUCAUUGUCCCGCGGGAACGUUUGCUGGAGAAGGUCAACGCAUGUGUACAUCCUGCCCACGAGGAUUCUACCAGAAUCGUGAUCGUCAGGGAGCGUGCUUGCGUUGCCCCCCAGGAACGUAUACAAAGGAAGAGGGAUCAAAGGGAAUUGCAGCUUGUAUCCCUGUCUGUGGGUAUGGAACGUACUCCCCAACGGGGCUUGUGCCUUGCCUUGAAUGCCCACGGAAUUCAUACUCAGGAGAACCACCAACGGGUGGCUUUAAGGAUUGUCAAGCCUGCCCCGCGGGAACAUUCACCUUCCAACCAGCUGCAGCUGGGAAGGAUCUGUGUCGUCCUAAAUGUGCCCUGGGUACGUAUUCAUCAACAGGCCUCGCUCCGUGCUCUCCCUGUCCGGUGAACUUCUACCAAGCAAUGCCAGGAUCAAUGAGCUGCAAUGAAUGCCCAACGAAUAUGAAGACUGACAAAGCUGGAGCCACGGGACGUGAGGAAUGCAAACCCGUUGCGUGUCAGGAGACAACGUGCCAACAUGGAGGGCUCUGUAUCCCAAUUGGGCAUAGUGUUCAGUGCUUCUGCCCAGCUGGCUUCAGUGGACGUCGCUGUGAGGUGGACAUUGAUGAAUGUGCCUCCCAGCCGUGCUUCAACGGUGGCACAUGCGUUGAUCUUCCUCAGGGCUAUCGCUGUCAAUGCCCUGCUGGGUACUCAGGGAUGAAUUGCCAGGAGGAAGUGUCUGAUUGCCGGAACAACACAUGCCCAGCCAGGGCAAUGUGUAAGAAUGAACCGGGCUACAAUAAUUACACCUGCCUCUGUCGCAGUGGCUACACAGGUGUUGAAUGUGACAUCACCAUCGAUCCUUGCACUGCCAAUGGGAAUCCCUGCUCCAAUGGAGCUACCUGUAUUGCUCUCCAACAGGGAAGGUACAAAUGUGAAUGCCUACCCGGAUGGGAAGGUCCAGCGUGUGAGACAAACAUUGAUGAUUGUGCUGAACGCCCAUGCCUCCUUGGGGCUAAUUGUACGGAUCUUGUGAAUGAUUUCAACUGUGCCUGCCCACCGGGAUUCACGGGGAAACGAUGCCAGGAGAAGAUUGACUUGUGCUUAUCGGAGCCCUGCAAGUAUGGCACGUGUGUUGAUAGGCUCUUCACAUAUGAGUGUGUCUGCCAUCCUGGAUGGACUGGGAUUAAUUGCAAUGUCAACAUGAAUGAUUGCGCAAGUAGUCCGUGCGAGAAUGCCGGGCAGUGUAUUGAUCUCGUUGAUGGGUACACGUGCACGUGUGAGCCAGGAUACACCGGGAAGAAUUGUCAGCAUCACAUUGAUGACUGUCAGAGUGAUCCAUGCCAGAAUGGAGCGACGUGCAUUGAUCAACUCGAUGGAUUUAUGUGCAAAUGUCGUCCUGGAUUUGUGGGGCUGCAGUGUGAGGCGGAGAUUGAUGAAUGCCUGAGUGAUCCAUGCAAUCCCGUUGGCACAGAGCGCUGCCUCGACUUGGACAAUCGUCAUGCUUGCCUCUGCCGCGAAGGCUUCACGGGGGCAUCGUGUGAAACAGACAUUGAUGACUGCGAGAACUCUCCGUGCCUCAAUGGGGGAACAUGCCGUGAUCGUAUUGGUGGCUUUGAGUGCCUCUGCCUCGACGGAUGGAGUGGCGAUCGCUGCCAGAAAGCCAUCACAAUGUGCUCAACACAGAAACCCUGUCAAAAUGACGCCACGUGCAUUGAUCUCUUCCAGGACUUCUUCUGUGUGUGCCCCAGUGGAACAGAUGGGAAGCAAUGUGAAACAGCUCCUGAACGAUGCAUCGGGAAUCCCUGUAUGCAUGGUGGUAAAUGCCGAGAUUUCGGCUCUGGGCUCAAUUGCUCCUGCCCCAUGGAUUACGCCGGGAUUGGGUGCCAAUAUGAGUUUGAUGCAUGCGAAGCAGGAGUUUGCCAGAAUGGAGCAACGUGCAUUGACAAUGGAGCUGGGUAUCAGUGUGUCUGUGCCCCUGGAUUCACAGGGCAGAACUGUGAGAAAGACAUUGUUGAUUGCAAAGAAAACUCCUGCCCACCUGGUGCAACAUGUAUCGAUCUAACGGAGAGAUUCUACUGCCAAUGCCCAUUCAAUCUCACCGGUGAUGAUUGCAGGAAGACCAUUCAAGUGGACUAUGAUUUGUACUUUAGUGAUGCAGUGAGGUCGACAGCAGCACAAGUUGUUCCCUUCUACACAGGAGGUGCUGAAAGUCUAACACUCGCCAUGUGGGUGCAAUUCACGCAGAAGGACGAUUCAGGAAUCUUCUACACACUCUACGCUGUGGACUCGGCGCAUGUUCCCACAAAACGACGAAUGCUCCUUCAGGCGCAUUCAAGUGGUGUCCAAAUUUCCCUCUUCCCCGAUCUUCAGGAUGCCUUCCUGUCGUUCCGGGAGUAUGCAACAGUCAAUGAUGGGCAGUGGCAUCAUGUUGCAGUUGUUUGGGAUGGCAGAGCUGGGCAAUUAAUGCUAAUCACAGAAGGAUUAAUUGCUUCCAAGGCUGAAUACGGUGGUGGACGACAACUUCCGGAAUACGCUUGGGCUGUUCUUGGACGUCCACAGCCAGAGAGUGGUUUAACAGCGGGAGCAACAUACGCCGAGGCAGGUUUCCAGGGAAAGAUCACGAAAGCACAAAUUUGGGGACGUGCUCUGGAUGUAACGUCGGAGCUUCAGAAGCAAGUUCGUGAUUGUCGCAGUGAACCUGUUCUCUAUCGUGGAUUAAUUCUCAACUGGGCUGGCUAUGAACUCACUUCCGGUGGCGUUGAGCGCAGUGUUCCAUCUUCGUGUGGACAGAAGAAGUGCUCUCCAGGGUACACGGGGCCACAGUGUCAGCAGUUGGAGGUUGACAAGGAGCCACCGCAUGUUGAACACUGUCCUGGAGAUUUGUGGGUGAUAGCACGCAAUGGAUCGGCUGUUGUGAACUGGGAUGAGCCGCAUUUCAGCGAUAACAUUGGAGUGGUGAAGAUUGCCGAGAAGAAUGGACAUCGUCCCGGCCAAACGCUGCUCUGGGGAAGCUACGACAUUACCUACGUGGCAGCUGAUGCAGCAGGAAAUACCGCAACGUGCACAUUCAAAGUUUCCCUUCUCCCUGAAUUCUGUCCACCUCUGGCUGAUCCUCUCGGUGGGACGCAAGUUUGCAAAGAUUGGGGAGCAGGUGGGCAAUUCAAGGUGUGCGAAAUUGCCUGUCAUCCCGGAUUGCGAUUCUCCGAGCCCAUUCCGGAGUUCUACACGUGCGGUGCUGAAGGUUUCUGGCGCCCAACUAAUGAUCCCUCAAAGCCCCUCGUUUACCCAUCGUGCUCACCCGCUAAGCCAGCACAGCGUGUCUUCCGCAUUAAGAUGCUCUUCCCAUCGGAUGUGUUGUGCAAUGAAGCUGGCCAAGGGGUCCUGAGGCAACGCGUGAAGAAUGCCGUGAAUUCCCUCAAUAGAGACUGGAACUUCUGCUCGUACUCCACGGAGGGAUCACGCGAAUGCAAAGAUCUCCAAAUUGACGUAAAUUGCGAUCACUACCGCGGUGGGAAUUCCAAUCGUGUCAAACGACAGAGUUCAUCCGGUACAGACGAUGAUGGUGGAAUCUACGUGCUUGAUGCUCAAAUUCCAGUUGAAAAUGAGACCGCAGGAGAUACUGCAAGCAGAAAUCGCCAAGGAAGGCAACAAAAUGGUGAUACAUACACACUGGAGAUCGCUUUUCCGGCAGUCAAUGAUCCUGUCCUCCAUUCAUCAACUGGCGAGAGAACCGACGUACGGACACUUCUGCAGAAGUUAAUUCUGGAAGAAGAUCAAUUUGCUGUGCAGGAUAUCCUGCCGAAUACAGUCCCGGAUCCAGCUUCAUUGGAUCUCACAUCGGAGUACGCCUGUCCCGUUGGGCAGGUUGUCAUGGUGCCCGAUUGUGUGCCAUGCGCUGUGGGGACGUUCUACGAUACGACCAAUAAGACCUGCGUGCCGUGCCCACGUGGUCACUAUCAGUCUGAAACGGGACAACUGCAGUGCUCCAAAUGCCCCAAUAUUGCCGGACGUCCGGGUGUUACGGUGGGCCCGGGAGCACGAUCGGCGGCUGAUUGCAAGGAACGCUGUCCAGCUGGGAAAUUCCUCGAUCCCGACACUGGGCUGUGCCGCCCAUGCGGGUAUGGCUUCUUCCAGCCACGUGAGGGAUCAUUCUCGUGCGAACUCUGCGGGUUGGGGCAGACAACACGUUCGGCGGAAUCAACGUCGCGCGAGGAGUGUCGCGAUGAGUGUGCCAGCGGCAUGCAGUUGGGUGCUGAUGGAAAGUGCGAACCUUGCCCUCGAGGCACAUACCGCACACAAGGUGUUCAACCAGCGUGUCAUACUUGCCCACUGGGUCGCACCACUCCCAAGGUUGGAGCCUCAUCCGUCGAGGAAUGCUCAUUGCCAGUUUGUACACCAGGAACUUACCUCAAUGGCUCAAUGAAUAUGUGUGUGGAAUGCGAAAAGGGCUUCUACCAGCCGGAAUCUCAGAAGACAUCAUGUAUUCCAUGCCCACCGAAUCACAGUACAAACACAACAGCAGCGACAAGCAAAGCUGAGUGCAUCAACCCAUGCGAGACGAUAACUGAAGGUCAGGCGCACUGUGAUCCAAAUGCAUACUGCAUUCUAGUGCCAGAAACUUCCGAUUUUAUGUGCAAGUGCAAGCCGGGUUUCAAUGGAACAGGAAUGCAGUGCAUAGAUGUUUGCGAUAACUUCUGCGAGAAUUCCGGCACGUGCGUAAAGGAUCUCAAGGGAACACCUUCGUGCCGAUGCGCAGGUUCCUUUACAGGACCUAAAUGCGCCGAACGUUCGGAGUUUGCCUACAUUGCAGGCGGUAUUGCGGGCGCGGUGAUCUUCAUCAUUGUAAUUGUCUUGCUAAUAUGGAUGAUUUGUGUGCGAUCGCAAAAGAGGAAGGAUCCCAAGAAGAUGUUGGCGCCGGCAAUAGAUCAAACAGGGUCACAAGUUAACUUCUACUACGGUGCACAGACACCCUAUGCCGAGAGUAUAGCACCGUCGCACCACAGCACCUACGCUCACUACUACGACGACGAAGAGGAUGGAUGGGAAAUGCCGAAUUUCUACAAUGAAACCUACAUGAAGGAGGGCUUGCAUGGGGCUAAAGUCAACUCCCUGGCCCGAUCCAAUGCAUCACUCUACGGUACUAAAGAAGAUCUCUACGACAGACUUAAACGUCACGCUUACACAGGAAAGAAAGGUAGAUAAAAGUGAUAGCGAUAGUGAAGGACAAUGAAAGUGGAAAAAAAACGAACAUCACACUCACAUCGAGAGAAGGCAUCCUUAAGACGAGGUAAUUUAAUUGAAAAGAAGAAAAUUUGAGUAGUUUCCCACUGUAUUUAUCUGAGCACGUACAUUUUCCCCCCUUAUUGUUUCCUCCUUUUAUUUUUUUUUCUUAGUUUAUUCUGUCUGUUAAAAAAAGAAAAGAAAAACUUUUUUUUUACUCAUAAAUAGGGCUCAAAUUGGGAGGGAAAAAAUCGAGUCAAUAUAUUUUUUGAUUAAUAAGAAAAAAUGCUUUUACAUAAAAAAAACUUUAAGAAAAAAGAAACUCAAAAAAUGACUUAUGGUGCUAUGCAGGAAAAGAAUGUCAAGAGAAAAUGAUCAUGACAUUUUUUCCUGACAUUUUUUUGUCAUUCCCUCUCACUCCCACUAAUGUAUUUCUGUAUCUUUCGUCUUUCUCUGACGCAUGCUUCCGACAUUUUCAUCAUUCUUUUCUGUGCACUCAACAUGUUUUUCAUUUCGUAUUAUUUUCUCGAUAUUUGGGGAUAUUUUUCCGUGAAAAAGUGAAAAUGGGCUUUGCUGAAGUGUUCUCAGUGCCAGGAAAGCCGUGAAAAGUGGAAAUUUAUGGUAAUUUAGCGGCCAAAUAUGUGAAAAUGCGCGAAGUGAAAAAUCAAAACAUUCUUUCCCUGACCAAUUUUUACGGGAUAUUUUUCUGUAUUUUCACGACACAAAUCACUUCCUGCAGGUUUUUUGGACUUGCCCACAGGUCAUCUGCAACAUGGAAGGUCUGUGUGGGGUCAGGGAAAUGCUUCCUGUGUGGUGGAAUCCCACCUGAACGCGGAAAAAAUUGGUCCGGGAGUGAAUGUUUUGCUAUAGAAACUGCACUGUUUUCACUUAUUUGACCGAUAAAUACCCACGAUUUUCCACUUUUCACACUUUCACAUACACUAAGAACACUUCCACAAGCCGCUUUUCACUUUUCCCGAGAUAAAAUAUCACAAUUUACAGAGAAAAUUGCAGAAAACUAACAAAUACGUUGACUUCACAAGAGCUGGAAAAAGAAUGACAGAAAAAAACAUGUUCCUGCGACAUUCUUUUUCAAGCUCUUGCGUAGUCAACACGUUUCUUAGUUUUCUGCAAUUUUCUCUGUAAAUUGUGAUAUUUUAGCUCGGGAAAAGUGAAAAGCGACUUGUGGAAGUGUUCUAAGUGCCUGUGAAAAUGUGAAAAGUGGAAAAUCGUGGGUAUUUAUCGGCCAAAUAAGUGAAAACAGUGAAGUUCGACAGCAAAACAUUCACUCCCGGACAAAGUUUUUUCCGCGUUCAGGUGGGAUUCCACCACCCAGAAAGCAUUUCCCUGACCCCAAGCAGACCUUCCCUCUGCAGAUGACCUGUAGGAAGGUACAAAAAGCCCGCAAGAAGUGAUUUGUGUGGUCAAAAUCCAGAAAAGUAUCCCGUAAAAAUUGGUCAGGGAAAGAAUAUUUUGAUUUUUCACUUCGCGCAUUUUCACAUAUUUGGCCGCUAAAUGACCAUAAAUUUCCACUUUUCACGGCUUUCCUGGCACUGAGAACACUUCAGCAAAGCCCAUUUUCACUUUUUCACGGAAAAAUAUCCCCAAAUACUGAGAAAAUAAUACGAAAUGAAAAACAUGUUGAGUGCACAAAAAAGAAUGAUGAAAAUGUCGGAAGCAUGCGUCAGAGAAAGACGAAAGAUACAGAAAUACAUUAGUGGGAGUGAGAGGGAAUGACAAAAAAUGUCAGGAAAAAAUGUCAUGAUCAUUUUCUCUUGACAUGAGAUUCCUGCAUAGCACCAUUAAUUCUUAGGAAAAAUAUUAUGUGUUGAAGAAAAGGAAAGAAAGAAAAGAUUGAGGAUUUGAAAAAAAUAAAGUCAAAUUAGUUAAAUGAAAUGAGAAAAUUGAGUUUAAAUAUAGAAAGAAAGGAAAAUCCUCAAUCUCAAAGGAAUGAUAGAAAUACUCAAAAUAUUUAAUUUACCCCAUUUCGUCUCUAAUUUUCAUAUUAAAAAAAUCUUUUUAAAAUAAAAUGCAAAUAUAAAAAAAUGUUGUAUAGAUAUUUACCUACUGUAAUAAAUAUGUUUUUAUACAGAAGUGUGGAGAGAGUAAUUUUUCCCAAUUAAGAUAAAAAAAAUACCCCUACUUUGUAAUUAAUACAUAGAAUGUUAAUUACCAAAGUUAAGAACGAUUCAAAUGGAUUUUUAUUUCAAUUUUAUCACGACAGUCAGCAAUUUAGUUUUCAAAGAAUAAAAGGUCUGUGGAUUCUGUUGGGUAUUUUUUUUAUCAAGAAUGUAGUCUAGACACUUUUUUCAGCAAUCAAUUGCUAUAAAAUUGAUUUGAUGAAUAAUUUUUUUAAAGAGUUUUUGAGAGCUUUGAUACUUUGCCCAUCUAAGACAAAAAAGAAAAUAAUUUGGGUUUAUUCAGUGGAUAAUUUUUCUUUUAUCUUCUUUAUGGCAAAUAAAAUAUUUUAUGGUAGUCUAGACACACUACAAAAAAAUAAUUCUUAUAAAACGAAUUUUACAUCAAAAAAUCGAUUAUCCAUAGAAUUGAGGCCAAAAAGCUGUAAGAAUCUUCCGAGAAAAAUUAAAGAACAAAAUGCUGACAAACGCCAAGAAAAAAUCUAUUUGAAUCGUUGAGGUGGUGAGAGAUUUAGAAAACGAAUAUUCUUGUAUAAUUUGUAAUUUUCUCCCGAGUCUUUAAUUUAAUUCUCCUUUUUUUAAUAUAAAAAAAAUCCAUCCUCUUUUGGAAGAUUUUCCAAAAAAAAAUUUACCACAAAUUGUAAUGAUUUGUUCAUAUAUAUUUUUUUUAAAGUAAAUGCUGAAGAUUUGAAAGAGAGGAAGAAAAAUGUAUAAUGAGAAAAUAAAAGAAAAGAUCAAUUCAGUGAU